AUGUCCAAGGGCUUGAAGAAGAAAAGCCACUGGACGAGCCGAGUCCACGAGAUCGUGAUCGUGAGGAACCCGGAGGGGCAGCUGGGCUUCGAGCUGAAGGGGGGCGCCGAGAACGGGCAGUUCCCCUACCUGGGGGAGGUGAAGCCCGGCAAGGUGGCCUAUGAGGGCGGCAGCAAGUUAGUGCCGGAGGAGCUCCUGCUGGAGGUGAACGAGACCCCCGUGGCCGGGCUCACCAUCAGGGAUGUGCUGGCCGUGAUCAAGCACUGCAAGGACCCCAUCCGGCUCAAGUGCGUCAAGCAAGGAGGCAUUGUUGAUAAGGACCUUCGUCACUACCUCAAUUUACGGUUCCAGAAAGGUUCGGUAGACCAUGAGCUCCAGCAGAUCAUAAGAGACAAUCUCUACCUCCGCACAGUGCCAUGCACCACAAGGCCACAUAAGGAGGGGGAAGUCCCUGGUGUGGACUACAUUUUCAUCACCGUUGAAGAUUUUAUGGAAUUGGAGAAAAGUGGUGCUCUCUUAGAAAGUGGAACAUAUGAAGAUAACUAUUACGGCACUCCGAAGCCUCCAGCAGAACCAGCUCCAUUGCUGUUAAAUGUAACAGAUCAGAUCCUCCCAGGUGCCACUCCCGGGGCUGAAGGCAAACGUAAAAGGAAUAAGUCUGUGAGCAAUAUGGAGAAGACAGGUAUUGAGCCACCAGAGGAAGAAGAGGAAGAAAGACCUGUGGUCAAUGGAAAUGACGUGACAGUAACACCAGAAUCAAGUGAACAUGAAGAGAAGAGUACAGGUGUCCCAGGUGAGGUAUCUUCCACCCAACCUUGUCCUGCACCAGGAUAUACUCAGCCUGAAGAAGCAAAGGAGGAUAUGGAUGUAACAAAGCAGACUAAACCUGAAGAGAAUGAUGACUUGGGCCCACUGCCUGAUAACUGGGAAAUGGCUUAUACAGAAAAGGGGGAAGUCUACUUUAUUGACCAUAACACAAAGACAACAUCAUGGCUGGAUCCACGACUUGCGAAAAAGGCUAAACCUCCAGAAGAGUGCAAAGAAAAUGAGCUUCCAUAUGGCUGGGAGAAAAUUGAUGAUCCCAUUUAUGGCACUUAUUAUGUUGACCACAUAAAUAGAAGAACACAAUUUGAAAACCCUGUCCUAGAAGCAAAAAGGAAGCUACAGCAGCAUAACAUGCCCAACGCAGAACUUGGAACAAAGCCUAUGCAGGCCCAAGGUUUCCGAGAAAAACCACUCUUCACCCGUGAUGCAUCACAGCUGAAGGGGACUUUCCUCAGCACAACUCUUAAGAAAAGCAACAUGGGUUUUGGAUUUACCAUCAUUGGUGGGGAUGAGCCGGAUGAGUUUCUCCAGGUGAAGAGUGUAAUUCCUGAUGGGCCUGCAGCACAAGAUGGGAAAAUGGAAACAGGUGAUGUCAUUGUCUAUAUUAAUGAAGUUUGUGUCCUUGGACAUACUCACGCAGAUGUAGUCAAACUCUUCCAGUCUGUUCCUAUUGGUCAGAGUGUCAACUUGGUGCUAUGUCGUGGAUACCCUUUGCCCUUUGAUCCUGAAGAUCCUGCCAACAGCAUGGUGCCACCCCUUGCAGUAAUGGAGAGGCCUCCGGUAGUGGUAAAUGGAAGACAUAACUAUGAAACUUAUUUGGAAUACAUUUCUAGGACUUCUCAGUCUGUUCCAGACGUAACAGAUCGACCACCACACUCCUUGCACUCCAUUCCAGCAGAUAGUCAGCUUGAUAGCACAUUCCCACCACCUGCCCAUGAUGAUAAUGUAUCAAUGGCUUCUUCUGGGGCCACCCAAGCUGAACUCAUGACCUUAACCAUUGUGAAAGGGGCCCAGGGCUUUGGCUUCACUAUAGCAGACAGUCCUACAGGACAGAGGGUGAAGCAAAUUCUAGACAUUCAGGGAUGUCCUGGUUUGUGUGAAGGUGACCUCAUUGUUGAGAUCAACCAGCAGAAUGUACAGAACCUGAGCCAUGCAGAAGUAGUGGAUAUACUUAAAGAAUGUCCUGUUGGAAGUGAAACUUCUUUGAUUAUCCAUAGAGGAGGUUUCUUUUCUCCAUGGAAAACUCCAAAGCCUAUGAUGGAACGAUGGGAGAAUCAAGGCAGCCCUCAAACAAGCCUGUCUGCUCCAGCUAUGCCACAGAAUAUUCCCUAUCCACCCACUCUUCACAGGAGUUCAUUUCCCGAUUCAACAGAGGCCUUUGAUCCACGAAAACCUGACCCGUAUGAGCUGUAUGAGAAAUCAAGAGCUAUUUAUGAAAGUAGGCAACAAGUGAUGCCCAGGACUGGUUUUCGAGUGGAUUCCUCUGGUCCCGAUUACAAGGAGCUGGAUGUUCACCUUCGGAGAAUGGAGUCUGGGUUUGGCUUCAGGAUCCUGGGAGGAGAUGAGCCUGGACAGCCUAUUCUCAUCGGAGCAGUAAUUGCCAUGGGCUCAGCAGACCGAGAUGGUCGUCUCCAUCCUGGUGAUGAGCUGGUGUAUGUAGAUGGGAUUCCAGUGGCCGGCAAAACCCACCGAUAUGUGAUUGAUCUUAUGCACAACGCUGCCCGAAAUGGGCAAGUGAAUCUUACUGUGAGGAGAAAGGUGCUACCCACGGGAGAACCGUGCCCAGAGAAUGGCAGAAGCCCAGGCUCGGUGUCUACGCACCACAGUUCUCCAAGAAGUGACUACACUACUUAUGCUAACAGUAAUCACGCUGUCUCUAGUAGCAAUGCUACACCCCCCGAGGGCUUCACUUCUCACAGCCUGCAAACGAGUGACGUGGUGAUCCACCGCAAGGAAAAUGAAGGCUUUGGCUUUGUUAUCAUCAGUUCCCUGAACAGGCCCGAAUCUGGGUCCACCAUAACUGUACCCCAUAAAAUAGGGCGGAUAAUUGAUGGAAGUCCUGCAGAUCGCUGUGCAAAACUUAAAGUUGGAGACCGGAUCUUAGCUGUGAAUGGCCAGUCUAUCAUUAACAUGCCUCAUGCAGAUAUUGUGAAGCUAAUUAAAGAUGCAGGUCUCAGUGUAACUCUUCGCAUCAUUCCUCAGGAGGAGCUGAACAGCCCAGCCUCGGCCCCCAGCUCAGAGAAGCAGAGCCCCAUGGCCCAGCAGCACAGCCCCAUGGCCCAGCAGAGUCCCCUGGCACAGCAGAGCCCCGUUGCCCAGCACAGCCCCGUCGCCCAGCCACUGCCUCCGCAGCCCCUCCAGCUGCAGGGACACGAAAACAGUUACAGGUCAGAAGUAAAAGCCAGACAGGAUGUGAAACCUGACAUCCGGCAACCUCCAUUUACAGACUACAGGCAGUCCUCAACGGACUACCGACAGCCUCCGCUGGACUACAGGCAUCCUCCAGUGAUGGAUUACCAGCAGCCACCACCUCUCGACUACAGGCAGCCACCCUUGAUAGAUUACAGGCAGCAUUCACCCGACACCAGGCAGUACCCUCUGUCAGAGUACAGGCAGCCCCAGGACUUUGAUUAUUUCACCGUUGAUUUGGAGAAAGGAGCCAAAGGUUUUGGGUUUAGUAUUCGAGGAGGAAGGGAGUACAAAAUGGAUUUGUAUGUGUUGAGGUUAGCAGAAGAUGGACCAGCAAUAAGAAACGGAAGGAUGAGGGUAGGAGAUCAAAUAAUUGAAAUCAAUGGAGAAAGCACAAGGGACAUGACACAUGCCAGAGCAAUAGAGCUAAUCAAGUCUGGUGGCAGGAGAGUGCGACUGUUGUUGAAACGUGGAACAGGCCAGGUCCCAGAAUAUGACGAACCAAACUCCUGGAGUGCUCCCUCUGCCACCUCCCCAGGUCUGCCGGAAGUAGCUCUUUCCCUCGAUGACAUAAUCUCACCAUUAUCUUCAUCACACAUAGCCCCACCCUCUGACCCUUCUCACCAGAUAAGCCCAGAGCCAACAUGGGAUAUCAAGAGGGAACACGAUGUAAGGAAACCAAAGGAGCUUUCGGUGAACGGUCACAAAAAGAAAAGGUUAGGAGAACAAAGAGAAAGGUCAGCAAGUCCUAAAAAGGUAGACAGGUCAAAGCAUGAAGAGGCUUCUUGGAAAGGAUAUUCAGAAGGCAAAAAUAAGACCACUGAUGGUGGCAGGCCCACCUCAGAAAGCAAAGUGGUGGGACACAGCAUUACGAUCGAGGCUGGCACGAGAGAGCACGUGUGUGCUGGAACCAGUGAUGAACAGUUUGGGAGGCUGAGGAAGCCGGAAAGCAAGAGAGGAGGACCUCUUAGCAAAAACGAAGAUCACAAAUCCGCAAAUACCAGUGAGAAGAAGUCAGCUGCAGCAUCUGACUAUGUCAAGCUUGAUACAGGUGCUACCAAGACGUACAGUAGCAACCGCUGCAGCUCACCUGGAAGUGAUAUGGACCACAGCCAGAGGGACCCUGACGGGAAACCCAGCGAGUUCCCCAGGAAGGGACAUCUCCACUCCAUUAGCACUCGCAGCACCAACACCACAGUUCGAAAGGCAACAGUCUCCCCGGGGCCGUGGAAAAUCCCUGGCUCAGACAAGCUACCUAGCGUCCUGAAGUCUGGUACUUCCGCCAUGAGCAGAUAAGCAAGGGACUGUUGCCCUCUAACUGUCUCAAACUGACACAGAACAUUCUUAGUUUUUGUCUCACAUAUUGGUUUGUUUUAAUUUAUUUUAACUAUCACACAUAUACACAAAGCAUUGAGGAAUGAAAACAUUAGUGUGUAAUUCCAUGACAAUGUGCACAGUAUCUAAUAAGUUCAAAAGCAUAUAGUCAACACGGAGAUUUAAAAUCGACCCUAAAGUCCCAAUACCAUUUUAGGGACUUUGGCAGCUAUGGAAGAAACCAAAACAAUAUGAAUGACAGUACAUCAGAGAAGGAUAGUGCAGUGUAGCUUUAGCAUUUUUUUCCCACUGCAUGAAGGACUUGGAUUUCAUUCAAACUUUAUAUCAAGAAACUGGAACAAGUUAGAGCAAUCACAAACUGGAACAUCGCCUUAAAUAAAACUGCACGGAGCAAGCUGAAACCGGGAGAGGAUCUUUUCAUGGAGCUAAAAUGUUGUAAAUAAAUUGUUCUCGACAUAUCUAGACAGGGGUUAAAGGGUUUCUUUGAAGCAUUGUUCGGAACUGUACACCCAUGACACGUCUCCACUGUUAAUGCUUUGGGAUAGUCCACGUGAUACCCUGUAGCAUAGUUCACUGGGCGCUACGGGAGGAGUGGGGAAUCCAGUGGAUUAGUUUCUGUGAUACCAUUUCUACUGCCAUUUUUGUGAACAAACCAUGUUUCUGUACAUUGGAAAGGAGUUAGGGUGGAGUUGCAUUUGCAAAUUAUUCUCAAAAGCAAUUUAUUACAGGUUCCCCAAAUCCUGCAAGGUAGCACACAAACCAAUUGGUCAGGCUUAAAACCCAGACAUCUGCAAGGCCCUUGCAAUGAAAGGAAGAGUGCUACAGAGAAAAAGCUGCAGUUUCCUUAAGGAAAGGCCUUUCCCUCCUGCAGAAAACGAGAGCUUCACUUAUCAACAGUGCUAUGUUUCAUACCUAUCUACAUUUAGUUAGGACACUCUCACCUUUCAUCCCCUCAGUUUGGCAGAGCAGGUGCCUCUAAGACACGUUAACAAUUAUUAGACUGGUUUCUGAAAUGCAGUUGUCGGUGUCCUCAUUCAGUAAAUUCAAUAUAUUUCCAUUUUUAAAAUGGUUUCCAUUUUAUCAUUUCUUCCCUACCUCCAUUUUUUUUUUUUUUUGGUCUUUUUUGUUUAUCUUUCUUGCUUGUCUGUUUUGAAUUUCAAGCCUUAAGUGCCAGGUAAACAUUCCAGUCUGCCUUCACAGGAAAUAACUCCGAGUUCAGUCAAUCAGUCAUUAUCUUGUUUCAAAAAGAUGCGUGUGUGUCUGUGUAAGUGUGCAUAUGCUUAUUCGUCCGUCAAAAUUAAAACAAAACCCUGGGCAAUAAUACAUUGGUAAUUUAAAAAAAAAAAUCAUAAAGCUAAGUACUGUCGAAAAUUCAUAUUUAAAAACUAAUGUUCUCUAGCAAUCUUAGUUCCUCACAUGCUCUGCUGAAAAAUUAGAUUGAGAUUGGCUUUGUUCCAAGAAAUUAGCACAUUACUGUAUGUCUCAAACAUCGCACUGGACUGAGAAAUUUAUAGGCAUGUUUCUUCCUGUCCAAUUAUUUGAAAAGCCUCAAGUCAAGGAUUUUGCAGCUUUCAAACAAUUUUUUUUAGAAAGAAAAAUCCAUUUAUAAUUUCUAAAAAAGCACAAGUCCAUGUAGCUGUUUAUAAAACUCUUAUUUAAUGAAAAAAAAAUCUUUAUCCCCUGAACUAGAAGCCAAUUUGCCAUUAAUUUAUUGAAUCUGAUUUUGGACAAUGCUUCUGUAGUGUAGAUGCACGUCCCAGUAUCUUAUUUUUAUGUAUAAAGAAAGCAAACAAUGAAAUCUGAAAAACAGUUGAGAUUAUGCUUGCAUAAACUCUAAUUUGCACAGUUCACAGCUACUCCUUGUGCAGUAAUUGCUUUAUGCGGCUGUAAUCGAUAACCUGUGAAGACAGCACAUCAUCUAAACCCCAUUCCAAAUAAUAUUUCUGUGUAGUGUUAGCUGUGAAUUUACCCUGUACAGCUCUAUCUCUAUAAAUAUAAUUCCAUGUAUUAAUAGUCACAGAAAGGCUGUAAGUGAGCAACUAUUUUUAUGAAACGCACCACUAUGGAUAAAUUAACUUUUACAGAAAUCUUGUUUACUGUAUGAUAUUCUAAACCACUG